AUGGCGCUGACCGCCCGGCUCCAUCUGCGUCAAGCCCAGACGAUGGCGAUGACGCCGCAAUUGCUGCAGUCGAUCCGUCUGCUGCAAUUCUCGCACAUGGAGCUCGAACGGUUCAUCGACGACCAGAUCGAGCGCAACCCGCUGCUCGAACGCGCCGACGAGGCGGGCACGGCGCAGCCGGCGGCCGAGAUGCCCGAACCCGCCCUGCCGGUGGAUGCGGCCGGCAUGGCCGACCGACUCGAUACCUCGCUGGAAAACGUCUUUCCCGACGAUCCGGGCCGGACCGAUGGCUCGGCCUCCGCCCGAAAAGGGGCGCAUCGGGAGCGUCAGCCCGGACUGCCAUCGAUGGGCGUGCCGGACACCGAUUGGCCGGUGGAGGAAUUCGCCGACCGCCCGCCGGGCCUGCGCGAACAUGUGCGCGACCAGAUCGCCAUGACCGUGCGCGGCCAGGCCGACCGGGCGAUCGCCAUCGACCUCGCCGAUCAUCUGGACGCGCGCGGAUAUAUCGAGGCCGAUCUCGACGCCAUCGCCACGCGGCUGGCAGUGCCGCGUGAGGCGAUCGAUCGCGUGCUGGGCAUGGUGCAGACCUUCGAUCCGGCCGGACUGUUUGCGCGCGACCUGCCCGAAUGCCUGGCGUUGCAGUGCGCGCGCCGCGACCGGCUGGACCCGGCGAUGCGGGCACUUCUCGAAAAUCUCGAAUUGCUGGCGCGGCGUGAUUUCAAGGCUCUGUCGCGUCUGUGCGGCGUCGAUCAGGCCGAUCUCGUGGACAUGCUGGCGGAGAUACGAACCCUCGAUCCGCGCCCCGGCCUUGCUUUCGAACACAGCCCCGUCCAGGCGGUCGUGCACGAUGUCGAGGUGCGGAAGGGCGCCGACGGAGCGUGGCAGAUCGAACUCAACCGCGAUGCGCUGCCGCGCGUUCUGGUUGAUCGCGACUAUUAUGCGACCGUGACCGCCGGCGCGCUGGACGGCGCGGAAAAGUCGUUCAUGACGCAAUGUCUUCAGGAUGCGCACUGGCUCGAGCGCAGCCUCGACCAGCGCGCCACCACGGUGCUCAAGGUCGCAACCGAGAUCGUGCGCCAGCAGGACGGAUUUCUGACCGAAGGUGUCAGCGCCCUCAAGCCGCUGACGAUGAAGAUGGUCGCCGACGAAAUCGCCAUGCAUGAGUCGACCGUCAGCCGCGUCGUCGCCAACAAGUUCAUGAUGACGCCGCGCGGCCUUUACGAAUUGCGAUUUUUCUUCUCCGGCGCGAUCUCGGCGACCGAUGGCGGUGAUCGCGACCAUGCGACCGAAAGCGUGCGUCAGCGCAUCCGCGAUCUCAUAGAGGCCGAACGUCCCGAGAAGGUGCUGUCCGAUGAUGCGCUGGUGGUCCAGCUGCGGGCGGACGGCAUCGACAUCGCGCGGCGGACGGUCGCCAAGUACCGGGAAUCGAUGAACAUUGCAUCCUCCGUCCAACGCCGGCGCGAAAAGCGCGCUCUUGUGCUUGCCGGAACGUGA